GCUGGCACGGUUUCUGACAAGGGAUCAGUGCCCUCCACCAGAAUGGCAUGGAAUUCAACUUGCCCAAACUGGCUGACAGCAAUGACUGCCCUGGAAAAGUACUACCUUUCCAUUUUUUAUGGCACUGAGUUCAUUUUGGGAAUCCUGGGAAACACUACUGUGGUUUUUGGCUACCUCUUCUGUCUGAAGAACUGGAAUAGCAACAAUGUCUAUCUCUUUAACCUCUCUAUCUCUGAUUUGGCGUUUUUAUGCACCCUCCCGAUGCUGAUGAGAAGCUAUGCCAAAGAAGACUGGCUCUAUGGGCAUGCUCUCUGCAUAAGUAACCGAUAUGUGCUUCAUGCCAACCUCUACACGAGCAUUCUUUUCCUUACUUGUGUUAGCAUUGAUCGAUACCUGCUCAUGAAGCAUCCUUUCCGGCAACACCUUCUGCAAAAGAAGGAGUUUGCCAUUUUAAUCUCCUUAGCUAUUUGGGUCUUGGUAACCCUCGAGCUACUGCCCAUACUUAACUUUAUAACUUCGUUGAAAAUGGAUAAUAACACCAAGUGUAAUGAUUAUGCAAGUUCUGGGAACCCCAAACACAGUCUCAUUUAUAGUUUGUGUCUAACAUGUACAGGGUUCCUCAUUCCUCUUUCUGUAAUGUGCUUCUUUUACUUCAAGAUUGCCCUCUUCCUAAAGAAGAGGAACAGGCAGCUGACUACCACACAGCCCUUUGAAAAGCCUCUCACUUUAGUCACCAUGGCAAUGAUCAUCUUCUCAGUGCUCUUUACACCUUACCACAUAAUGCGGAAUGUUAGGAUUGCCUCCCGUCUAGAAGGCUGGACUUUGUCCCCGUGUACGAGGGACAUCAUCAAUGUUUUAUAUAUUGUGACACGACCUUUGGCUUUCCUGAACAGUGUCAUCAACCCUGUCUUCUAUUUCCUUGUGGGAGAUCACUUCAGGGAAAUGUUGAUAAAUAAACUGAGACACAAAUUCAAAUUCCUUACAACCAUAAGAAGAUGAGAUCCUGGAAUAAUGUUUUCAUGAAGGCAAAAGUGGGCGCUCGGGAAACCGAUUGUUGUGUACAUCCAUCAAUAAGCCAGUGAGAGUUUAUUUUCACUUACAAACAGAUCAGAAAAGACCACAGAUUUGUCUCUGAUUUGAAGAUAUGGACCCGGAAUAUGUGAAAAGAGGUGAAUAAGAAGAAUUUGUUCUUUUCUUCACCCUGAGAAGACUUGGACCAGCAAUGCCUGAGGUUUAGGCAUUUAAGUCCAAAAUUUAUAGGAGGUCUUAUAGGAACUUCUCAAACAAUAAAGAAGGAAAGGAUAGGAGAAACAGCAAAUUGUCUGUAGUUAGUCAUUGACCAGUCUGUUUAAAAUCACAUGCUGUCAGUGUUCUUUGUUCUCCAAAAUCAUGUGAUCUGAAAUUUUAUGACAGAGCUAAUGACAGAAGAUAAUUCAUGAGGCAGAAAGAAAUAGAAUUACUUCAAUAAAAUAUCUUUACACUGUCCCUUUAAGUGGAACAUUAAUAGGCUCAAUAUUUUAAUUUAUCAUGUCUUUCUUAUUGUAUGGUUAUAGUGUAAAGAACUGUAUCAAAUAAAACCUAAAGAGUGUCAAGCUCUUACGGAA